AUGUCCAACCUCGAUUCUUUUGUCACGUCUUCCCGACCUCCUCCGAAGUCUCUGGCGACGUCGCAGGAAAUCAGGGACCGCGGCUCGACGUUUCUCGGCCAUGUCUUCUCAGCUGCAAGCCCGGAAGAAGCCCGAAGAGCCGUUCGGCAUCUCAAGCAUGUAACACACGGCAACCGACCUGCAUCGCACGAGAUAGCCGCUUGGCGGUGCAUGGUGCUAAAGGCGGGCAAAACUGGCCUUGGUGGGCCCGACGACUUCGAGGUUGUGAGCGGGUAUGACGACGAUGAGGAGCAGUACGCCGGUGGCAGGGUAAUGAAGGUCAUGCAAGCCGAGGGCGUCAUCGACGCGGUGGUUGUGGUCAGCCGAUGGUACGGAGGCGAAAUGCUCGGCCCAGUGCGAUUCGACCACAUCGAGAUGUGCACACGCGAAGUCUGCCGCACGUUCCGGCUCAAGGACGACAUGGCCACAAGUGUCGCAACGCUCACUUCUCUCGAUGACAUCCUCGCCUCUCUGCGCGCCGAGCUCGCGUCUCUCUCAGCGAGCAAACCUCCCGCCGAAGCAGAGGGCUUGCAGGCGGGUGCGGAGGGUGAUGCUGUUGCUGGCGUCGCCGCUGUACCGGCUGGCAAGAAGCCACGUCCGUCCUACACCGCCUUGGAGGAGUCGCUCGAUGUCACGAAAGCGAGGCGGCUCAUCACCGCCAGGGAAAAUUCUAUCAGGAGCACCAAAGUGGCGCUGGAGAAGGCUCGCGCUACGCAGGGCACAUGAUUUUGUCUGAGGGCUGGGUUCACGCAGCCUAUGCCACCACCAGUAUCUCCUUCGCCGGCUACGUGAUUGGAACGGCUGGUUGACUGUGGAAGACGCGUCGGAGGCUGAGAGUUCGCAAACGAGAUGAAGGAUCCCCCGUCAACAGACGUCCCUUUGGAGCGUGCGCCCAGGUUAUGAGUCUUCCUAUCACCCCAAUCGAAGGUUUCCGCACCUGACCUCAGGGUGUGAGGUGGUACUGGAUGUGUCCGCCGUCAAUCUGCGUGCUCUGCAGAAAGUCCAACACACAUUCUUACGCAGAGCGUUCCGCCUUGGGGCCCACUCCCAGCUUGCUCCACUGUUCACAGAGACUGGUCUAUGGCCCAUCCGUUACCGACGUAUCGACCUCGCCUUGAGCUAUCUCCAGUAAAUCCUGCGAACCCGUCCUCGCUACCCACUGGCAGCGCUCAUGGAAGGAUGGGAUAUGGCGACCGCCGCCGCUCGAAACGUCGGCACCGCUUACACAUCCUGGUGGGGUGACCUAUUAUACGUGCUUGGCGGCCUGCCGACUCCGGUCGUGCUCCCCAUGGACCUCCUACCGACAGUCGAAUCAGUGGACAUGCUCAGGUCUGCCCUGGCCUCGUCGUGGGCCAUCGAGGAUCCCGGGAAUCGCACAUGGAUGGCCCACCGCAUGUCUGCGACGGCCCUCCUCGAUACCCUGCUUGGUCGAAAGAAGCUUCUACCAAUCUUUGCAUCGUAUGUGGCCGACAUCUUCGACUCGACUUCUGCCACGACGAACCUACCCUCCUCUUCAAAACCGACGAGGAGUUUUUGGCACUCGUCCCGUAAGGGGCGCCCUCACAUGCGACCUCGUGCAGGAU